AUGGACCACUCUGUGGAUAAGGAAUUGGCCAGCGGGUUGCACUCAAAGAGUAGUGGUCUACGUCUCAAUGUCCAAAUGGAAAUCAUUGAUGAGUGGCAUUCCUCAAGGCCCCUGGUCCCCUACAUCAGUGACACUGGAACUAAACCUCCAGAGAGUGGUAUCUUUGGUUUUAUGAUUAAUAUUUCAGCACUUUUGGGUGUAAUUACAAUGUACAUCAGAUAUUUAUUAAUAGAGAAGCAAAAUGAGUCAUCGCACUUUGUUAGGCCUUCAUGCAACAUAUUUUCAUUAUGUAUUGGAUUGAUGGGCUGUACUGGAAUGGGUAUAGUUGCAAAUUUUCAGGAGCUGUCUGUUCCCAUUGUCCAUGAUAUAGGAGCUUUGGUGGCAUUUGGCUCGGGCGUUCUGUAUAUUACUCUUCAGUCUAUAAUCUCUUACAAGUCCUGUCCACAAUGGAACACUUACUUCAUGUGUCACAUAAGGAUGGCCAUAUCUGUAAUAUCAUGCAUUGCUUUCAUUCCCAUGAUUGUGUUUGCUUCACGAAUUUCCAUGACAAAAAUCGAUUGGACUCCAGGUGAAAAGGAUUAUACUUAUCAUUAUAUGAGUGCAAUUUGUGAAUGGACAGUCGCCUUUGGUUUUAUCUUCUUCUUUUUAACAUUCAUUAGAGAUUUUCAGAGAGUUUCUUUAAGGAUAUCAACAGAAAUACAUGAAGACUCCUGGUAGUGGAGAAAAUUACUUUUUAUAUAUAUGAAUAUUCUAGAUUUCUUUUUACUUA